GGUAACACAGUUUUCCAUAAAUGAAUCGGCGAGUCGGCGAAUGGUGCUUAGAAUUUUAAUCAUUGCAAAUUAAAUUGUAGUUUUUGAAAUAGAUUGUGUUCGGGCAAUUCUUAAUCGCAGCAUAUCUUGUGGAAUUUCUCACGUGUGUUGAAAAAUGGCGGGUGAAGCUCCAGUACCUCCUCCCGUAUUAUGGGCACAACGUAAGGAAGUAAUUUUUCUUACAUUUAGCGUGGAAACUAAGGAUCCAACUAUUAAAAUAGAAAAAGAGUCUGUCUAUUUCAAAGGCGUGAACGUCCCUAACAAUAAAGCCCACGAGGUGACUAUACAAUUACACGACGCUAUUAUUCCUGAAAAUAGCAGCUUCGUAAAUAAAGGUCGUUGCAUAGAAAUGGUUCUUAAAAAAGAAAAAACAGACGCAGCCUACUGGCCGUCCCUAACCAAAGAUAGGAAGCCUCAUUAUCUUAAGAUAGAUUUUAAUAAAUGGAAGGAUGAAGACGACGAAGACGAAGCUGCUGGUGGGGGUGGUGGAGAUUUUGACAUCGAAGACAUGCUUAAGUCGAUGGGUCAAGGAGCCGGAGACAAAGGUGGAAAGCCAGUUUUUGACGACAUGGAAAGCGACUCCGAUGACGAAAACUUACCUGAUCUUGAAUGAGGCCUUUAGUACUAAUGCUUACUUUUUAAAACAAUACAUUAUGUAUAUUAAGGUUUUUACAGUUAUAAUAAAAUCAUUUUAAAAGA